ACAAAACGUCACAUCCGGUUCGCGCCGAGGGGGAAAACAAACCGGCUUCCACAAUGCCCAGGAGCUGCAGUGUGCCCUUUUGUACAACUAACAAGCUUAAAAAUCCAAAUCUAAAAUUUUAUAUUUUGCCCAACGGGAGCACAGAGCCCAGGAGAAGAACCCGGUGGCUUCAAGCGAUCCGUCGGGAGGAUGAGUUUGGCCACCUGUGGGAUCCAAAAUCCAAACAUGUGUACGUCUGUAGUCAGCACUUCAUUACAGGCUUAAAAAACGAGGACAUAGCCCACCCAGACUACACACCCUCGCUGUUCCCACAUAAAAAGACAAAGUGUCCCAGGUCAGUACUUCAGAGGCUGGAGAGAAGGAGGAAGCGUGAGGGUGUUCAGUCUGCCCAACCAGAAUCCCCAACAUCAGAAGCUCCCAUACCUCUUCAGGAGUUAGAGAGAAAACAACUUUAUGAAGAAUUGUAUAAUUUAAGAAGAGAAAGAGAUGAGGCCAUGAAGGAGCGAGCUGAAGCCAUCAGAGAAUUGGAGACGUUGAAAAUGUCGGUAAACAGAGAGAAAAUGACACUAAAUGUAAAGUCAUGACAGGCCUGUCAUGGACAGUAUUUGACACUCUUCAUCAGUACCUGGUACAGUUUGUUAAGUCACAGAAAACAUCCAAGAUGUCAACACAAGACCAGCUCUUUAUUACUCUGGUGAAACUGCGGCAGAACCCCUCAACCGAUAUGAUGUGUGGAAUAUUUGACCUGGCACAUAGCACUUUCCUGGAUGUAUUCUCCCGAUGGUUGGAUUUGAUGUACGCCAACAUUUCUUUUUUGAUUAAAUGGCCUGAUGGAGAGUGUAUCAGAAGCACAGUACCAGCAGAGGUUCUCUUCCAGUACCCUAGAGUGACUGCAAUUAUCGACUGCUUUGAGAUCAGAAUUGAACA